UACGGGGAGCACUGAGGACGGUAAAACUAGUAAUUCAAAUCUUUACUGUUAAUGAAUAAAAAUAGAGCGAAACUACUUUUUUCACUUCAAAUAUUCGAAUUAAUCGAGGUCGAUAACGGGUAUCGGUCUGUGGGAAAGAAGGGUGCUCCACCCAAACCUAUCGAACAAGACGACCUUCGUCAUCUGUCGAUCACCAAGGUCGACUACACCGGUAUCCGACUUCGGUUACUGCAUCACAAAAGUAUAAAAGGUGAAACAACGAUCCCUUGAUCCAUCACAAAGCAGAAAUAUGUUCCGAGUCGCUUGCUUCGUCGUUCUCGUAGCCGUUGCCUCCGCUGGCAUCAUCGCCGGUGGUCCCCACAUCGGAGGACACAGCGUCAGCUCCCGAAGACAAGACGACUUCGGUAACUACGCUUUCAACUAUCAAAUCGUCAAUGGAGUCGGUGCCACCAACGGACGUAGCGAAGUGGGCGACGGCUGGGGCAACAAGAGAGGAUCUUACGUCAUCGGUGACAUCGACGGACGUGCCAGAAGAGUCGAGUACGUCGCCGACGGAUUGGGCUUUCGCGCCGUGGUCAAGACUAACGAACCUGGCACCGCCUUGAGCGCUCCAGCAGCAGCCGCCGUCGCCUCCCCCUACACCGGACCCAUCUCCGGAAGUCCCGCUGUCGUGGCUCACGCACCCGUUGCAGUUGCCGCUGCCCCCGUCGCAGUUGCCGCCGCCCCUUUCCACGCAGGAGUAGUAGGAGCUCACGCUGGUUUGGGCUACAAAGGACUCAUCCACGAAAGUAGAAACAUGUUCCGAGUCGCUUGCUUAGCCGUUCUUUUGGCCGUUGCCUCCGCUGGCAUCAUUGCCGGUGGUCCCCACCUCGGAGGACACAGCGUCAGCUCCCGAAGACAAGACGACUUCGGUAACUACGCCUUCAACUACCAAAUUGUCAAUGGAGUCGGUGCAACCAACGGACGCGCCGAAGUAGGCGACGGCUGGGGCAACAAGAGAGGAUCCUACAACAUCGGUGACAUCGACGGACGUGCCAGAAGAGUCGAGUACGUCGCCGACGGAUUGGGCUUCCGCGCCGUGGUCAAGACUAACGAACCUGGCACCGCCUUGAGCGCUCCAGCAGCAGCCGCCGUCGCCUCCCCCUACACCGGACCCAUCUCCGGAAGUCCCGCUGUCGUGGCUCACGCACCCGUUGCAGUUGCCGCUGCCCCCGUCGCAGUUGCCGCCGCUCCCUUCCACGCAGGAGUAGUAGGAGCUCACGCUGGUUUGGGCUACAAAGGAUUCCUCCACGGUUAAACGAAAUCCGCAGCCAUAUUUCUUUCUAAGUCUUUCCACGCCUCUGCUUUUGGAUUCGUCGGUGUUGCGACUGGCUCUUGCCUUUCUUCAUCCCUUUCUUCUAUGUUAAUGUAUUUAUGUAUUAUACGAACACGAAGCAUUAUGUACAGCG